UAGACGGCUGACACCUCACAGACGAGGCGACCACAGGGUCCGCCAUCGUCUCUGGUUGAAGCGGAGUCGCAGAUACCGAACCUCCAGAGAAGUCCUAACAAGAUCAAGAUGAAGAUGGGUUCGGCGAAGCGUGCUGCCUCCGGCGUGGCGGCGAGCGGGUUUGCCGCUGCUGGUCGGAUGUCUUCGAUGGUGUCGUCUAGGGUUUACGGUCGCUCAGGGGAUCCCAGAUUGCAGGCGCAGCUGAAAGAAGCAUUGAUUAUGGCACAAUUAUAGGCAGAGCCAUGAUCGAAUGUACUAAUGAGUCAAGUUUUAAGCUUUAAGAUGUACAUGCACCCACCCAGCUAAAUUAGGCACACCUUCUUGCCUCUUCUAACUCUAGCAACCAAAACUGGGGAUGUAGCAACUCGGUCUUGUAUGAAAUCGCAGCACAAAGCGAUCACCAGCUACCCACGAUAAUGGAAGCGAUCACACAGGUCAGAUGGAUACUAAGUUUUGUUUGCCUAGUAGACUAAUACUGCUACCCGCCUAGUACUACGUGACAAUCGAUGAAAGUACUUAGAGACGCUAGUUAGACAGGAGAUGUUGAAAGUAGAGAGAGAGACGUGUCUCGUUAACGACCUUUUCUUGGAUUAGGGUUGCAGCUGCCCUUUUCUCGGAACUCGAAGAUAUGGGGGAGUUGCCUUAUCUUCUUCUCACGGGCCGACAUGUUAGUCAGAGGUCCGUGAGAGGAAGAUAAGGCAACUCCCCCAUAUCUUCGCGUUCCUUAUCGGGAGAGUUGCCUUAUCGGGACGACAUGUUAGUAAUGAAUAUGAAAAGUUCUUCAAGGAGGUUCCCUCUCUUGUCUCCACAUCAUAUGACUUGCUGACAUUUUUUCAUCUCUUCGCAUUUUUUUCGUACGGCGGACGUCAUCAAAAAAUUUCGCAGGCUUUAUCCGAACGCGAUCGCAACUGGCGCCGUGUCUUCAAGGCUUUGAACCUCAUCGAAGCGAUCCUAAAUUAAGGAAGAAAAAAGAGGUGUCCACUGCUUGGUUUAGAGUGGCUUUAAUAUAGAGCAAGAAGUGCAGCAAUUAACUUCAUAGUCGCCAUGGCGUCAAAAGAUACCUCCAGAACAGGUAAAUGAGUGAAUGAAUGAGCCGUAUAGUUGAUUCAUCUUGAGAGUUCCAUCAAAGCAACAGUGAAUUCGUUGUGAUAGCUCUUCAAAUUCAAGCCCGACGAUCUGCAUUUCUGCUUGAUAGCUCUAAUUUACGCAUGGAGAUGUACAUAAUUUCUGUUAGCUCUAAUUUACGCACGGAGAUCUGCACUUCGUCGAAGUUAUGAGGAGUGAACAAUGGAGGGUCAUGCGGUACUCCGACUGGAGGUAUCAAGAAGGGGGCAAAGACGUUGGAGCUGGUAUUCGAGAAAAAGCAAGGAAGUUAUGCUCAUGUUGCUGGAGGGAUGAGAACUAGUUGCACUCGCUGUAGAUCUAGUAGUUGACUGCAUGAUGCUGACUACAUGAGAACUAGUUGUACUUGUUGAUGUAGCUCAAAAAUUUCUGAAAUAUCUGCUGAAGUAGAACUAGACUACUGAUGUAAAAACUGGUAGAUCAUUACUUUCAUGUGGCGUCUUGGAGCUCGUAUCGGAUCAAGAGUAUCUCGCACGAGAGCGGGAAGAGGCGAGACAGAUCGCGGCGAAGCUCACGCAGGCAUAUCCUGCCGGCCAGCCAGGUGGACCAGGAGGAUCGAGCGAUCUCACCGGGAACAGCCAGGCCAUGUGUAGUCGCUUUUGAUGGAUAACUGAUCGAUCCAUGUAAAUAGGCAAGAGCAAGCUACUGACACGGAGGAGCCCCUUUGUCCUUUCUUCGUAGUGGCGUAAAGCAUACCCAGGCGCCUGCAGUUUUUAAAUCGCACGCCUGUGCCCUACGUUGGGGGGAACAAGGACGGAGAGACAGAAGGGGAGCAAGGGCGGCCAGCAGGAUAGCAGAGGCGGGAAAAAGGUCGGGCCCUAGCCUUUUAAACUUUCUUUCUUUUUUUCUUUACGCGGGGGGGCGAUCAUCAUCAUCCUAAUAAUCCGGGUGGCAAUCAUCAGCCACCCGGUUAGGAUGUGUCUCGCCAGGUAAGGGCCCUGACCAGUCGAAAAGGGGGCCGGGUAGUCUUUUGGAAAAGAGUGCAAAAAUAUCGAAAGCGGGGGUCGGGCGUCAGCUUUGGCUGGCGGUCACGGGGCCGUCUUUCCCUGCUCUUCGCUGGCAUCUGCCUCCUUUUAUAGGUUUUUCAAUAACCAUCUCAUGACUUUUUUCUUUCUAUUGAAGAUUUCACCUUACAGUGAAUUUUUAGUUAAAUACACUCCAACAUAGAUCUCUUGAUGCGACAGUUCACAUUCUAAUACAACUCACAUCUACAUAUAAUUUCUUCGUGCGCAACAUUAUCAUCGAGAUAUCUUGGUACGUACCUACAUGAUUAGACACUUGCACUUCUAGUAUUCCCAACUUCCCUGCUCACCAUCUUUCCCAGCUUCGACGGCGCCGUCGCAAUUGGUAGAGCGGACGGAGAGAGUGACACACUUCUCCACCACUACGGGAUGCACUUACUUCGAAGCCAAGCGGAUCUUGAGUCAAUUAAGGCUACAAAAAAUCCAUCUUCAUCACCAACAACACCUUCAUCAAAAGGCAACCCCGAUGAGCCCGAAGAUGGCUCCUCCCGGCACGCAGCAGCAUGGUGCGGAUCAUUAGUGGAGUACAUUCUAAGCUAUCUCUCAAGUCAACAUACAUUCUAAGUCAACAUAACUACGACGUAGACGCUGCGCUUGCCGUGUACAACGCUGAGAAACGAAAACGCGAUGCCGCACGCGGAGCUGAUUUCUCUGCUGGUGCUUACCCAGUAGGCCCACCGCCAAGAGAACAGGCACGCAAACCGGAUUUAAGUGUAUGAUGGAGACUAAGUACUUAUCCUCUUAGGGUUAGGGCUAGGGUUUCCCUCAGGGCUGGUAGGGCUUAGGGCUUAGAACUAGACGUUCGUCUAGUUCGAGGUGGAGGGACUGCCAUUUGUUUGAGCAGGGAUUAAUAGCGUCUAGGCAAAUGCCAAACCAUGCUCAUUUAGGACCACCAAGAGGGGACUCCUUUAUCCUUUGUGCCCUCUACGGAGAGAUCAUUGCCAUGGCCAUUUUCUUGAAGUUCCAGCACUAAUAUGUACUGGCCCAUCCGCGGAGGAGCAUCGACAGCGGGUCACUCGAGUAGCGCAGAUUUGCGCUUGUACACACGAAAAAGCAGCAAAUCUCCUCAGCGCUGCAAAUAUUAUGACCUCCUUUAAUUCAUCUUGAGAAGCAUCUUGGAGCCUUUUGCCAAGUGGAAAGCACGCCAUCUGAUGGAGGCUCUCUAAGUAAGAUGAAUACAAUAAGUAUACCACAGAUGCAGCUCUCUAAGAUGAAUAUAUGUAUAAGGUCUAAAAACAACGACGUCGAGGCAGCUUGUAAUCAAUUUUUUGCCGAGCUAGGUGGAGAUGGGGGUGGUCAGCAUAGCGCAUCGAAAACAAGUCAUCCAGCGCGAUCUGGAGAUCCGCCUUUCGUUACGACGACAGGAGGAGGAGGUGCUAUUUUUUAUGUUGAUUAUUCACUUGCUACUUGUUUGCACAUUUAUAGUAUAAAGCUUAGCCUUAGGGUGGGCAACUCGAGCAACCCGAGAAACUCGACCCGAUACGGGUCAAAAAAAGCCUUGCCAUGUUAUCCAUCGUUUUGAUGAUCGAAGUGAAUUAGUAGAAACAGACGUCCUACUUCUAAUACCUAGCUAUCCGAUCAAUUCAACUAGAUACCAUGCCGCCAUUCCCCAUUUAGGUGAUAGCGAAGGGGAAUCUGAAGGAUCUGAGGACCACAGCGUGUCCUCACCCGGUAGCAGUCCACGUCGAGCUUCCCCAAGAGGGUCUGCCCCACAGACAUCUGGCUUUCCAGGGAUCCAACAGGCUCCACAGAUGGCGCAGCAUCAGCAAUUCAACAGUGCAACCCCUGCGCCUCCAGUAGUUCAAGUUCCUGUUCGCAGUAUGCCGAACUAUAGCAAUUAUGCUUCUGCACAGCAGCAGCUGCAUCGACCUGUUUCACAACAGGGAGGAGUUCCAACAGGAAGUGGAAACAAUUUUCCUGCGCAAACGACGAUGGGUCAUGGGCACCAUUAUGAAGUCAAGGCUUUCUCUAAAAGUAGUCGGAUGUUGUUUGAAGGUGUAGUACAACUUGAACUUCUACAUCAAAGAACGGCCAAUGUAGUCACCUCGUAGUUUUUUUUCGGAUGUGUCAAGAGAACAAGUAAGAUGAAGAUCUUCUUGAUCCCCAUUUUCAUAUUCGGCAAGCAAUCGGACCAGCUUAUCCGCAACGAUCGCAACCUAGCAACAACACUUUGAUGGGUCACGCAGGAUUUGGUCUCGGCAACAGUGGGGAAAGCAACUCCAAUCCGAAUUAUAUGCAGGAACACGGUGCUGGCAGUGGGGGUCACGACUUCGAUGUGGGUACUAGACUAAUUGGAAAUAUGCCGCGACCAGGGAUAGGGAAUUUGCCGACGGGAGACGGUGCUGGAAGCCACCAAAUGGCUCAAGGGUACCUGCAGCCGCAUUCCCACCCAAGCCCACCACAGACGAGCAACAUCUUCAGCACUUCUCCUGGCAGUGGUCAUCUUCAACCAAAUCUAACGGUCCAACCGCACAUGCAAGAUUUAUGCGAAGCGUUCCUGCAACAGGCAUCAUAUGAGAAUAGUUCCUUUGUUCACGACUAUAGGUUUAUCAUGUCUCUUGACGCAUCGAUGUGGAUCAUGCUAUAAUAAUGUUACUUAAUUACUCAAUUAUAGAUGAUUCAAUAGCAAAACUUCGGUUUUUAUGCAGAAUCAAUCUCCAUUGACUUAUCCUUGUAGACGAGGCGGUGAAAGAUGUUGAGAUCUCUAAUUACCUAUAAUAUAAUUUGCAUACAUAUAUAAAAUAUGCUAUACUAGAUUCUAAUCCAACAUUUGCAAGGACACUAUAGUAGUUCGGUCAGUGGCCUACUGAACCCGCCGCAAGGGAUUGGUUUGUCCGCGUUCCCUUCACGUCCAUUGACUGCGCCAGGGUCGUGGCCUGUGACUGCGUCGACAACCUUUGGUGCUGCAGGGCUACCGAAUGCCAACGUUGUAACUGGCGCGACGCACCUUGUUACACCACUAACAUCAGAGCAACAUCAAAGUAGUAUCGGACAUCUUGGCCAACAACAGCGACGACUAGAAUAUGAUCCCGCAUGCCCUUCGAAACUUGGCAUGUUUUCUGGAGAUGACCCUUCCUUGCGGCAGACGCCAGGGGUGAGCAAUCCAUUGUUGCAAGCAGGAGCACCCGGGCUACCCGCAUCCGCGGGUCUACUUCUACCACAGUCUAGUUCUGCGAAUGCGUUACACGAUUCUCGUGCCCUUCAACUUGUCUCUGCAAACGCAUAUCAGAUGAACCUGGCCUGUCUGCAGCAGCAACAAAAAUAUCAAGAACAGGUAUGGACGAUUCUUUCGUCGAAAGUUGUAUGAUCAUCUACUUUGUCAUUCAAGUAAGUACUUACUAGAACAUCAUACUAAAUAUACUACUACAACUAGAAGUACUAGAACUUACUAGAAGAACUAGUACUGUAUAAUUACAGUAGAUAAGAGUAUCUUGGAUGUCUACUUCGUGAUAAGUGUACAGGUCAACGCCUAAACCACUAAGCCAGCUGCUACUAAAUAAAUCAUCGAAAGAACUUGAACUAUCCUUACUCACACUCUCCUCACAGUAUUGAAAUCAUCGACAGAACUGAAUCCAGGUUGCAGCGUUGCUUUUGACACCCCGGUUUGCGCAGUCGGCGCCUUCUGGUCUAGCAGGAGGCACCUGGCCUCGAUUGGGACAGCACCCUCUUUGGUACUGAUGUAAAUGGACUUCUACACGAACUUCUAGUUUCGUUUUCUGUUUGGCGGAGUUGUACAAAAAUACAGUUGCCUUUUUCUGAUAGCGUAAAAAUGCUUAGUUUAUUUGACAUUUUUCUACAUACCAACUACAGGCCCCCCGCAACUACAGAAAUUGGGAGGUCGACUCCGCUCAAUGGCUUGCCGUUUUCAUCCGCAAAUAAUUACAGUAGUCCUCUAACCCCCACGCCAGCGAUCGGUCUAUCACCUCGGUGGGAGCAGCGUGGGUCUGAACUACAACUUGCCCUACAAGCCGAAGCCUUGCAACCAGGUGCAAGUAGGAGAAAUCCAUAUGCCGAAAAGAGGCCAUCUCCAUUCAUCUCAAAGAUCAACAGAAAUCAGUCACCGUUUCUUCUCGAGCCGCGACUUUCGACUGCUGACAACCUGAAGAAUCCGUUUCGAACAGAAACCGGACACGGCGUAGGAGUGUUGGACGGACAAGUUAUGUCAUGUUGUGGGCUCUUCUUACUUUACACUCUUGCUUUGGUUGUGUCUUACGAUCAUCAGCAACAAAGAAGCUUCAUUUACAUGCUAAUUAACUGAUUCUUUCUAUAAUACCCCGCGAAUGGCGUGUCAAAACUUUCUUCUCUUUUUUUCUCUCCUCUACUAACCAAGCUCCAGCAGCAGCUCCACAGCAAAUAUUUCCUACGACAACUACGCCGAGACUGCGAACUUCAUGGCCGAUGAAACCACCUAGCAAUCCUGGCGCGAAUCCGUUUGCUAUGUACAGUCCGUACCGACGUAGCGUAAACAGUCCUUGAGAAGUUGUACAUGAUGGUCGUGGAUACUAGUACAAUACAGUGAAAUAAGUCUCUUAUUGUGACUACUUGUGACUGCUUACUUGUUAGGGGGAGAAGGUUGGAUACCUGUAAGUAUUAAGGCUUCCCUUAAUCCAUCCCUGUAGACAUCCCUCAAACAUAUGCGCCUUAAUACAAGGGAGAUACUGACGCAUAUGCUUGAGGGAUUUCCACAGGGGUGAAUAGGGGAGAGCUCUAAAAGUAAGUGUUGUUUGAUGAAUACUUAGUGAAGAAGAAGGUGCACUCAGGGCAUCGCAUAGUCUAGGUCCUGGUAUGCUAGCCAGUGAUAGACCUCAUGGAAUGCGCACUCCGUCAAAAUCAAGAGCCCUGCAAGUUCAGUGAUAGUGGGUGUUGGCAAAGCCAGAAAUUGAAAUUGACUCCUUACUGAUGGGAAAAACUGUUAGAAUUACACUAAAAAAAUCCUAAGAAAGAAACUGAAAUUGACUCCUUCGAAAAUGUGCUCGAAAAAAUAUUUACUUAAACUCGGUUUGACACUCAUUUAGAUUUGACACUCAUCAACCUCAUUUUUAGUUUUGGCUCAGAACGCCGAUGUUUUGACUUGUGCCUACCUCUGCUCGAAAACUGCAUUAGUACCGUGGCGGUUUGGUUCUAUGAGACAUUUGAUUUCCAUGGUACUCAGGGAUAAGAGACUGUCAAGGCCAACGGCGUGGAAUGAAAAGACUAUCGGAUUCAUUGGGGAGAAUGGAGAAUUUUACACACACAGGUCACAGCCGCAACUCACCAUUAAGACCUUGUCCAGGUCACAAACCAGAAUGAAUAUUGAGAGAUCUGCGAUGGUUACUGAGAAACGCAGUACGUCCUAU